GCCGGCCGCCGCCUGCGCUGCCUCGUCGUGCUGCGCGCGCCCCCACCCCUCCCGCCCUCGGCUAUUGACUGCUCGGCUUCCGGCGCUGAUUCAGACGAUCACUGUCGGGCUCCUCCUCGGCUUCCCCCUUCGCGCUACCGGCUGUUACGCGUCCUUCCCCUCCUCCCUCUCCGCGCCGGACCUCCGGCUCCUCUUCCCCCCUCCGGUGGUGCACCGUCGAGCUCGCUGCUCGCCCCCUUGCAAGCGCAGGCGGGCGGCUGUCUGUACGUGUGCUGUAUUAGUUUCAUGUUUAGAACAGAAGAUGAAGAAAUUUUCCCAUGUUUUGAUGUCUUGAAGGUGUUGUUUCAGUGAUUAACUAUCUCACUUGAUGUUGUGGGACGAGCAGAUGAACCGAACCAUCGAUUUUGUACUCUUUUAUACCCCUGCAUUAGCUUUUGUAGUUUUCCUCAUCUUUUAUCUAACUUAUUGGAUCGUUAAACAUUAAGUUUAACUUCUAUAUUUAUUGUGCAGCCGGGCCAUAUGUUUCUAUGCUUUCACAAGAGAUAUUUUUUGGAUAUUUAUUUACAAGUUAUAAGCACUUAGUUUCUGGCCCGGGGUUUGCCCACCAUACCCUGUUCAGUUCCUUCUCCUCUCCUCCUUCUAGAUUGUUUGAGGAUCAAUUUCUAUGUUUCUGGCUUAUAGUAUCUUCGUUUAGCAUAAACAUAUACUUGAAAAUAUAUUAUUUUAUAUGCAUUAUUUUGUAUUUAUUGUGUAUAUAUAUAGCCGCAGCUUGCGUCACCGUUUUAUGUGAAAUGGUGAAUCCGCAUUUCUGUGUCUGCGUAACAUGUGUCAGGUCACCAAAUUGCUUUAGGGACACUGUUGGAAGCAAGCCAGGGCUACAUCUAUGUUAGUACUAUGUUAGGCAAGUUACAUUGUAGCGUGAAAUUAAGUCUGACAUUGUGCUAAAAUUGAUGAACCAACUGGGACCUUAUUAAUUCAGCAUGUGAUGUUUUUUUUCUCUCGAAUGGAUUUCUAUUUCGAAUGGUCAGCAUAUAAUGUUUGAGCACUUUUCUUGUUCAUUCUCAUCACGCCAUUUGAUUCACAAUCUGCAGGAGUUUUUUGUGUGUCAAGGAAUGUCUGCCUCAGAAAACCAGGCUGCUGAAAUCAGCAACGAAACUGAUGACAGGAAGGGAGACCGUCCAUGGAACAUCAUACGUAUACGUUUACCACCGAGGAAGAAGUUGCCUGACGCCUCCCUCACCCUGAGCAAGAAAGUACCUCGGAUUAACAAAACCGGAAGUAAGGAAGUACCUGAAAUGAGUAUCGACAGCCCAGGCAAGAAUCUGACAACUGCUCCAGUACUGGGUGAGGCAAGCAGCCAUUCCCCAAGAAUGGGACUGUGUAAUGAGGGCAGUAGCAACACCCUGAGCAAGACAAUGUCUGCUAAACCUGAGAGUGAUACCUCAGGCCACAAACAACCAGAUGAGGCAACUUACAGCGCCCUGAGCAAGAACCUAAGAGUCGAUGAUGAAGAGCAAGGAAGUGAUGCAAACUGUUAUGCGGCUAAACAGGGACCGUAUGAAGAGGCCAACAACAAUAUCUUGAGCAUGAUACUUCCUCUACCAGGCAAGAAUCUGAUUACUGCUCCAGUACAGGGUGAGGCAAGCAGCCACUCCCCAAGAAUGGGACUGUGUAAUGAGGGCAGUAGCAACACCCUGAGCAAGACACUGUCUGCUGAAUCUGAGAGCGAUACCUCAGGCCACAAACACCUGGAUGAGGCAACUUACAGCGCCCUGAGCAAGAACCUAAGAGUCGAUGAUGAAGAGCAAGCAAGCGAUGCAAACUGUUAUGCUGCUAAACAGGGACCGUGUGAAGAGGCCAACAACAAUAUCUUGAGCAUGAUACUUCCUCUACCAGUUCAGGAAGUACCUGAAGGUCAUAUAGACAACAGCCCAAGCAAGAAUGAUAUAGCCCCUGGAAUGCAGGGUGAUGAGGAACAUAACAACUCCCCAAGAAGGAAACUGUGCUAUGAUACUAACAACAAAGAAGAAGAUGAAGAGGGUAACAACGGAAGCUGGAACCUGACAACCACCGCUGCGAAGUAUGAGGAUGUGGUUGAAGAAGCUCACCACCCCAUUCCCACCAAAGAAAACAAUGCCCCAAGCAAUCCACCAACUGAUCCAGCCAAACAAAUUUCCCCAGUCAAGAGGCUGCCUACCUCUUCAGUACAGGCUACUGGUACUAGCCGCAGCCGGAACACCCCUGAAAUGAAGCUUUCUGCUUCUGUUUGCCAGGCUGUGGAGCAAAGUACCAAUGCUGCAAACACAGAGGUCACAACGGAGUAUCAAGAGUUUGAGGAGAAGAUCAAGCGAACUGUAUUUCUUGUCAAUCUUGACAACCUGUCUCACCAAGCUACAGAGGUUAAGAGCAACCCAAGCAGGACCCUGUCAACCACUGCUAUAGAGCGGGAGAUGUUUGAAAAUGCUAACCACACCAUUCCUAGCAAGAAGCUUUCUGAUGUGGCUAGAAACCAGGCCCUGAUCGAUAGAUCAACUGACCCAGCUAAGAAAAGAACCCCACGCAAGAAGCCACACACCUCUGCAUUACAUGCUACUGAUACCAGCCAGAAUACAUUUGGAAUGAAGCUUCCCAUUUCUGAUGGCCAGGCUGUUAAUCAAAGUAAGAGUGCUGCAGAUUUGGAUUCCGUCAAACAGUAUCCUGAGGACAACAAACUGAUUACUGACAAGCCAGGCAAGAAUUUGAUAACCACUCCAGCACAUGGUGAGGCAAGCAGCCACUCCCCAAGAGUGGGACACUGUAAUGGGGCCAAUAGCAACACCCUUAGCAAGACAUGGUCCGCUGAGUCUGAGAGCGAUACCUCAGGCAACAAACUACUGGAUGAGGCAAAUGAUAACACCCUGAGCAUGAACCUGAGAGUCGCUGCUGAAGAGCAAGGAAGUGAUCCAAGCAGUUACGCUGCUAAACAUGGAUUGUGUGAAGAGGUGAACAACAUCUCGAGCAUGAUGCUUCGUCUUCAACUUCAGGAAUUGCCUAGAGAUCAUAUCAACAACAGCCCAAUCAAGAGCCUUACAACGACUAGAAAGCAGGGUGAGGAGGAACAUAGCAACUCCCCACGAAAGAAACUGCUCUACAAUACUGACAGUAAAGUAGCAGAUGAAGAGGGUAACAACCCAAGAUGGAAUCAAACAAUCACCGCUGUGAAGUCUCAGGAGGUGUUUGAAGAAGAUAAUCAUCCCAUUCCGAGCAAGAUGCUGUCUGGUGAGGCUAAAAACAAUGGCCCAAGCAAUAGACCAACUUAUCGAGCUAACAAAAAUGCCCCACACAAGAGUUUGUGUACCGCUUCAGUACAAGCUAGAGCUACUGGUACCAGCGGGAAGACCCCUGGAAUGAAGCUUUCUGCUUCUGUUGACCAGGCUGUGGAGCAAAGUACCAGUGCUGCAAACAUGGAGGUCAUAGAGGAGCAUCAAGAGUUGGAGGAGAAGAUCAAGGAAAUUGUAUAUCUUGACAACCCCUCUCACAAGGCUACAGAGGCUAAGAGCAACCCAAGCAGGACCCUGUCAACCACUGCUAUAAAGUGUGAUGUGUUUGAACAUGCUAACCACACCAUUCCCACCAAGAAGCUGUCUGAUGUGGUUAGAAACAAGGCCCCAAGCAAAAGACCAACCGAUCCAGCUAAGAAAAUCACCCCACGCAAGAAGCCGCGCACCUCUGCAGUGCAGGCUACCGGCACCAGCCAGAAUACAUCUGGAAUGAAGCUUUCCACUUCUGAUGGCCAGGCUGCUAAUCAAAGUAAGAGUGCUGAAGAGUUGGAAACCAUAAAACAGUAUCAGGAGUUCGAGGAGAAGGUCAAACGAACUGUUUACCUUGACAAUCUAUCUCACCAGGCUACAGAGGCAGUCAUAAAAACAGCUUUGGGUCAAUUUUGUAGUAUCAGAAAGGUCAGUUUUGUUGUGAACUACACCAUUCCCUACAAUAUUCCUCAAUCUGCAUUAGUACAGAUGGAAACUGAGAAGGAUGCUGAAGUUGUGGUCAGUAUGCUGCAAGACUUCCCUUUUAUGAUCUCUGGAAUUCCAAGGCCUGUUAGGGCGAAGCAUGCUACGCCUGAGAUGUUCAAUGAUCGCCCCCGGAGACCUGGGAGUAAAUUAAAAUUUCGCUGGGUGGGCCACAGAGAUCCUGAUUAUGAGAUUCUAAAAAAAUCAAAAAUACUCUCCAGGAGACAUGAGGUGGAGAACUUUGCACUAAUUGAGCAUGAACUAGACGAGGAGAAAUCGCUAGCAGCGCAGCAGCAGGAGAAUCUGAACUGCAAUCGCAAGAUGUUGGAGACCAUGGACAGCGUCAUUCUGUCUGGCAUGACAAACUACAUUUCUAAAAUUUAUAGCGUCAAUUGGAACGAUGUGUUCUGAAAAUAGCUGAAUAUUAACGGUACUCUGUGUGCACAGCGUUGGUACUAAUCUCGUGCACCAUCUGGUUGAAGUGUGAUUUAACCUCAGAAUCUGAGAGUUGGAUGGUUGAACUGUGACCGUUUUAUUUUGCGAAAAGGAUGGCGUCGAUAUCGCAUACUUGAACGUGUC